AUGGAGACCCGCCAAGACCCUGACAAUCUCGCAUGGGAUCGCAGCGAUGCACUAUGGGAGGAAGCAACGAAGAAAGCUCGACGCUCAUCGCAGUGUCGGAAAAUCGAAUCGCUGGUUACAGAGGUGUUGGCAAAGCCUGCCACCUUCGUAACUCCAUUGGUCUUUGGUGGUUUCAACAUCUUGUACCCGUUUCACUUUGAAGGGACUCCCACGAAGAUUCUUCUACGAAUGCCCUGUCCCGGCCAAACAAUUUUCCCUGAAGAGAAGAUGCUCGCAGAGGUAGCGACAGCAGGCUUUGUCGCCUCUCAUACCGAUAUCACAGUCCCAACAAUUCUUCACCACGGCACCGCGACAGGUAUUGGUCCGUACAUGAUCAUCGAAGACCUCGGAACUCGAAAAACCUUGAGUCAGGCCAUGCAGGCUCCCUGCCAGACCUUCGAGGACACAUUUGUAUUGAACCUGGAUCUCUCGAACAGCAAACUCAAAAGGCUCUACAUCCCAAUGGCACGAUACCUUUUGCAGCUCGCACAGCCUACGUUCCCACGCAUUGGAGCCCUAGCUGAGACAAGACCGGGACUCUUUUGCGUGGCAGGGAGACCGAUCACUCUUACGAUGAGAAACAUGGUCCACCUCUCGAACAUUCCCGAGGCAAUAUUUCCGCCCAAAGGCACCACUUACGGAACCUCUGAUGAGUGGCUCACAGUCCUGGCAGAGAUGCAACUCGCAACGCUCAUCUUCCAACACAACGAUAUUGUAUCUUCGGCCGACGACUGCAGGAACAAAUACGUUGCACGUCAGCUAUUUCGCAGGUUAGCUAAAGAAGGUCGACUAUCAAAAUUUGGAUUCGUCGAGGACGAUUGGUCUGCGAUUAGCAAGGAAACCCGUGCGCGGUUGACGAUGCCGGAUGCAACGGGCUCCUUCCGUCUUUGGUGUGAUGACUUUCGGCCGGGAAAUGUUCUCAUUAACGAUAAGCAUGAUAUUCUGGGUGCUAUUGAUUGGGAGUUUGCUUAUAUUGGCCCUACGCAGUUCCUUUUGGACUCGCCGUGGUGGCUGCUGCUCGACUCGCCAGAAACUUGGGAGCGGGGUACUGAUGAUUGGGCGGUUGUAUAUGAAAGCCGCCUGAUGGUAUGGUUAUCUGCUAUGGAGGAGGUGGAGAAAGAUAUGGAACCAGGAGCCUUCCUCCUCUCAGCGUAUAUGCGAGAUAGUUGGGAGACCGGACGCUUCUGGCUUGAUUACGCAGUAAGGAAGAACCUAGCGUUUGAUGCUAUCUACUGGAAGUUCCUAGACAGGAUGUUCUUCGGAGCGUGUUGCCAGGAUGUCCCUGCGGAACAAAUGUGGAAGACGAGGGUGCACCUCCUCAGCGCACAGGAACAGUCUGCAAUGGAGCUACUAGUGCAUAUCAAGAUGGAAGAAUCCAAAGAGAGAGUCUUAGUCCAGUGGGAUGGCUCAGAGGCAAGGAAACACUUCCAGUCCUUCUUGUUUGAUUAG